ACCUGUGUGGAGUACAGGAUCAGAGGAUUGUGAGUUUUUUGUACCAGUGGCCGUUUGAUCUACACAGUGAUGAAGAAUCCAACACCAGGACCUCAUGAAGCUGGUAUCAUCACAGUAAGUAACACGUCCGAUCGCUCACAUCAGAAUUUAGGAUGAUCAUCCCUCAACAUCUGCAUCCCCUGUACAGCACAACUGGCUGCGGGGAUUAAAGCUCCGGCUUGAAUGCGAGCUCAGAAGUCAUGUCACAGCCAUAACUUCGAGAGCACUAAAGCAUAUCCCACAUAACACUGAGCUGUACCUACGUUAAAUCUAAUCGUGGAACAGGCAGUCUGCAUCAGGUGCAAUGGCGUGCCACUCUUUGUCUUCGCUGCGAAAGAGACUGCUGGGGUGUGGGACUGAUCAGGAGUGCAUAUGAAGGAUGUGCCCGCACUUGGGAUUAGAGGCGGUGACCCCUAUCGGUUCGUGAGGAGGAGAUGAUCUGGUAACUGUUUCGAAGGGAGUAUGAAGACCAUGCAACAGAAGGAACUGGCUGAUGGUGAGAUUCGAGCCAUGACGAGAGGGAGGAAGAAGAAGCCCGUUGAUGCCCUCCUCCUGCAACCACCGCAGUUACUGGCGCGAGCGGAGAGUACCACAUCCGCGACUGCACAUGCAAGACGACCGGCGAGGCGUAGGACGGAUACGUUCGCGGCGAUUGAGAUGGCUGCCCACAGACCAGUUGCAGAUGCAGCCAGACCACCGGGACCCGUCAUGACGACUCUAGCUGAUCUGAUAGCCUUGACAGAUGCACGACGACGAUCGAGGCUCCGGAUGGCUGAUUUAGCCUCAAGGCUGGAACAGUCCAGAAGAGUGCUUCUAGACAUGCAGGAUCAUUCCAGACGAAUACUUAGCGCUCUUGUUGCCGCCGAUCCUCGUGUCCCCAGAAAUUUCCAGGGUCACUUUCAAGGUGGAGGCCGUCAGCAAUUGGCUGAGGAAACUUCGGAGAUCAACGGAGCGCCAUCUCCUAGUGACGACGAAUCCGAAGUUUCGGGCCCCAUUUCCCUUUCGGACUCUGAUUCCGGCACUUAGAGCGACAGCCGGCGCAUCGUCCAAGGGGGAGGACAGUAACCUGCAAAGACAGUAAGCCUAUGCGUUUUACUGAGCGUCAGUGGGCUCUCUCAAGAAAUUCCGUUCGUGCUGUUCAUUUGCGGCAAUCUCGUCGUCUUUGUGCAAGUCGAAGAUUUGCUGUUUCUGUCUACCGCCACACUAUGACCCAGUCUCUUAAGAAUGCAACGAUAAUAGGGGAUCUGUGCAAAAUGGACUGAAAUGGGGUUUCUAUCGGGAUUGAUCAUGCAACCAGCGCAGUCUGAUCAGCCUCCUACUACACCUUCGGGGAUCAUCAGAGCUACUGUUGCAGGUAGGAAAUCAUCCUAGUGCAGCGUAGGUUAAGUUUCUUACCAGAAACUAUUAAAUAUCUUCAGAGUGCAGAUUGCCGGAGUAGUUCAACAUCUUUGGGGAGAAGGCUUUAGUGAUGGCCACUGUUGAGGUGAAAUGCUGCAGGCCAAACACUCGAGCGGUUCAUGAUGCUGUAACGCAUGCUUCUGUGCUGCAGGGUAAGCUUUGAAAAACAGCCUUCGCUAACACGACAGUGUCCCCUAAUUGAAGCCUUUGUUUCUCCAGAAGUGGUGCUCUGCGGCUCUCCUGGUGGUCUCCCUACGAUGUGGCUUGUGUAAACAUUUCCUCUCUAACUUGUCACUUGCGGCGACGGUUUUGAUUCUUCA